AUGAGUGAGAUCGCACAUUCACGAUCGGCGGGUCCCAUUGCAGGCGAUGCGGCCGCAAAGACCGCCUCUAGUUCGAGCGCAAAGGGACAGAAAACCGAUGCCCCAGUCAAAACGCGCAGCUUGGACUAUGUAUUGCGGAGUGGUCUAGCUGGAGGGCUAGCGGGCUGUGCGGCCAAAACCGUCGUGGCGCCACUCGACAGAGUUAAGAUCCUCUUCCAGGCCUCAAAUCCACAAUUCGCCAAAUACACAGGCACAUGGGCAGGCCUGGCGGCUGCCAUUCGGGACAUCAAACGAUACGAAGGCACCCGAGGCCUCUUCAAAGGUCAUUCAGCCACGCUUCUCCGAAUUUUCCCCUACGCCGCAAUCAAAUUCCUCGCCUAUGAGCAGAUCCGUGCUGUCAUAAUUCCCUCCCAUGAUAAAGAGACUGUCUUUCGCCGCUUGAUAUCUGGCAGUUUGGCAGGUAUCACGUCUGUCUUCUCCACAUACCCAUUAGAACUGGUCCGAGUACGGCUCGCCUUCGAGACCAAGAAAUCAUCUCGAUCAUCAUUAAGGGAUAUCUGCCGUCAGAUCUACAAUGAACGCGUUUUGCCCCCAUCAACAGGCCCUACAGUCGCAGCCGCAGCCACCCAAUCACACUCCACUACCGCCGUGGCCGCUGAAAGCGUCUCUUCAGCCGUGAACUCAGCCGUACCUCGCUCAGGUUUUGCGAACUUCUAUCGUGGAUUCGCCCCAACUCUCCUUGGUAUGCUUCCCUACGCGGGUAUGUCGUUCCUCACACACGAUACAGUCGGUGAUUGGCUUCGCGACCCGUCCGUCGCGCAAUACACAACCCUUCCCGAAUCAGAAACCACUCCUUCCAAUAAGAGUUCACGACGACCCCAACUCACGGCGACUGCAGAGCUGUUCUCUGGCGCCGUGGCCGGUCUUGUUUCCCAGACCUCCUCAUACCCGCUUGAAGUAAUUCGGCGACGGAUGCAGGUCGGUGGCGCAGUCGGCGAUGGUCGCCGGCUUGGAAUCAUCGAAACGGGCCGCACGAUCUGGCUUGAGCGCGGAUUCCGUGGUUACUGGGUUGGCUUGACCAUUGGCUAUAUGAAAGUUGUACCCAUGGCAGCCACGGCUUUCUUUGUUUAUGAGCGAUUGAAGUGGUCAUUGAGCAUUUAG